AUGAAGCAGUGGCGUUUUGGAAGUGCCUCUGGGUGUGCGGGGCCUGGGGCUCCUUCCUCCCGCCGGGGCUCGGGGCGGCUGCCCCACGGCGCUGCCCCUCGGAGACGGCUCUGUGCUGCGGGGCUGCUGGGGCUGCCCCGGGACACGGCCGCCAAGGCUCUCUCUGCUCUUCCUCCCGGCAGGUGGGGCUCCACCUUCCUCCUGAAGCACCGGGUGCCCCUCAGUGAGCUCUGGGUGCUGUGUGGGGAGGAUGAGGCGGCGUGCGGGCGGGAAGACGAGGAGGUUUUUGGCCUGAAAUGUGCCAACAGCCUCGUCCUCGUGUGGCCGGGAGACGUCUGCGUGGUCACUUUCCGGCGUGGGCAGAGCAAGCAGAGGCCCCGCUCGGGUUGCGGAGGCCCCGGCGGCAGCUCCGGGAGCGCACGAGGCCCGGCCCCCGGCACGUCCCGGCGGCUCCGCUCAGCCCGCGACACCGAGCUGGGCGCUCCGAGCGGGGGCUCUGGUGCUGGCGGCGCGGAGCGGGGCCGCGCGGGCGAGCCGUGCCCGGGGCUGGGCCUCCGCAGAGCAGGAGGGGCCGCGGCGGGCUCUGAGGCGGCUUCUCCUUCUCGCUGCAGGUCGCGGGAGGUGAAGGAGCUGUGGGUCAGCGCCGUGCUCGGGCGAAGCGGAGGAGCCCAGGAGACCCGCGUCACCCGCCUGGCCUCCCUGCGGUUCCUGGUGAAGGUCGUUGGCUUCUACUGCCCCUCGGCGUUGCUGAGCGCCCGGACCGUCGAGGUGCUGAUUUCGGCGGAGGCGGCCACCGAGCAAUGCCCAGUCUUGGCCCCAUCGGCUCCUGAGGAGGGACUUUGCCACUCUCCUGCAGAUGGGACUAAGAAAAGGAAGAGGCUGAUCCCGUGGCCGUUCGCUCGGAGGCGAGCCUCGGCCAGUGGGGCCUGUCCAGAGCAACCAGACUCUGGCCUCAAGAGCCCCCUGUUUGGGCAGCCUCUGGGCAGUCUUUGUGGGGAAGAGGAGACCCUGCCCCAGCCGGUCCAGGAUCUCCUGGCCAUAUUGUACAGGGAAGGGCCUGCCACUGAGGGGAUAUUCCGCAAGGCUGCCAGUGAGAAAGCGCGCAGGGAACUGAAGGAGGCCCUCGACAAAGGGGGCACCGUUGACUUGGACAGCAAACCUGUGCACCUCUUGGCUGUCAUCUUGAAGGACUUCCUGCGCAAUAUCCCUUCCCAACUCCUGUCGGCAGCCCUGUUCGAGAAGUGGAUGCUGGCUCUUGAAAAGCCAAGCAGGCAAGAAAAGAUUGAAGAAUUGAAAGAGGUGGCUGACCAACUGCCUCGGCCAAAUGUCCUCUUGCUCAAGCCCUUGCUUGCUGUGCUCCACCACAUAAGCCAGAAUGCAGAGACCAGCAGGAUGGACUCCAGCAACCUUGCCAUCUGCAUAGGGCCCAACGUGCUGAGCCCAGGCACAGACAGCACGCUGCCACUGCAAGUCCAAAUGGAGAUGAAUGACAAGGUGAAGGCGCUGGUGGAGUUUCUUAUUGACAACUGCACAGCAAUAUUUGGGGAGGACUUGGCCUUGCCUGGCAGCCCCUCUGCUGAAGACUGCCCUGAGCACACCGGCAGCUCCGCAGGGCACCCAGGAGCUGCUCAGGAGGAUGCUUCUGCCCAAGACAAGCCAGGGCCUGAAGCUGGAUGUGACUCCCUAACCUCUGAGAUGCAGCAGCCCAGUGGGAGAAGCCCCAGUGGGAGCAGGGCAUAUGCAACAUGUGUCUCUGCCCUUCCGGUGCCUCAUUUGCAAAGUGACAUCAGCGCAAUGCGUAGGAGCAUCUCAGAGCCAGCUCUGUCCUUUGAGGACCCCUCAGAGGGCAGCAGAAGGCACCAGAAACGGAGCAGGAACGUGGACAGUGUUGCUGCUGUGCAGCAACAGGUGAGCUUGGCGAGGGAGGCACUGGGAGAGCAGCCUGCCAUCGAGCCCACACAAUUAUCAGAGGGUGCUCCACCCCAGAUGUCCUCCAGGCGCUCCCUGCAGAGCUGCUGUCCUGCUGCCCAGGGCUCCUCCAUCAUUCCCCUGGGACCUGCUGCCAUUCCCUCUUCCUGCUUCCGGGCUGCGAGAACCAUCUAAGCAGUCACCAGCAUUCCUAUCGCAUGCCAGGCCUGGGUGAGAAGCCAUCAGAGCCCAGUAAGAUCAUAAUGGACAUGGAGGGAUGGGGGGGAGGGGAAAGAGAAGUGGAAAGAGAAAGAAGAAAAACUACAAGGCAAGAAAGAACAAGCCAAGAAACAAGGAAAGAAUAACAGCAAGAAAAAGUCAAAAGCAAGUAAGGGAACAUCAAGGAUGGCAACAACAUGGAAAGAAAACACAGGGAAAGAAAAGGAAAAAAAUAGUGUAAGAAGGAAGAAAAAGCAAGGAAGGAAGGAAGAAAAGCAAAAGGGAAAAAGGAAAAAGCAAAAGAAGUAAGAGAAAAAGAAGGAAGGGAGAGACAAGGAAGGGACAAACAAGGAAGGGACAAACAAGAAAGGGACAAAGGAAGGUAAAGAAGGAAAGUAAAAAUGAAAGGCGAAACUAAAGAAGGAAAAGAGGAAAGCAAGAAGAAAAGGAGAGAAAAUAAAGGCAAGGAAAAAGGAAAGGAAAAAUAAGGACAAUAAAGGAAAGAAAGCCAAGGGGUAAGAGAUAGGAAAAAAAAGAGGAAAAGGAGAGAAAAGAAAGAACAAGAGAGCUAAGAAAGUAAAAAAGAGAGAAAGAAAAUAAAGUAAAAAAGGCAACAGAAGGAAAAAGGAAAGAAAAAGGGAAAGGGGGAGAAAGGAACAAGGAACAAAAAGGGAGAAUGAAAAGGAGGAACGAAAAGCGGAGAAAAGAAAAAAUGAAAUAAAAGCAUGGCAAGAGCAAGGAGGAGAAGAAAGAAGGAAGGGAGAAAGGGGGAAAGGAAGUGAAAAGGGAAAGAAAGAAAAAACAGGGAAGUGAAAGAACAAGGAGGAGAAAGAACAAGGAGAGGCAAGAACCAGGAGAGGAAAAAAGAAGGAAGGGAAAAAAGGAGGAGAAGAAAAGGAGGGCAAAUGAGAAAGAAGGGGGAAAAAAGAAGAAAGGAAAAAUGGAGGGGAAAUAAUAAGGAAGGGAAAAAAGAAGGAGGGCAAGUAACACGGAGGCCAAAUAAGAAAACCAAGGAAGAGCAAAAAAAGGAAGGAGAAGAAAGGAGGGGCAAAACAAGGAAAGGAAAAUCAAAGAGGGGCAAAAACUAGAAGUAGCAAAAACUAGCAAGGCAAAUGAAACGAGGGGAAAGAACAAGGGAGGGCAAAAUCAAGGGAGAGAAAACACUAAAGGGCAAAUAACACGGAGCUCAAGUAAUGAGAAAAAAGAGGGAAGGGGAAAAAAGGAGAGGAAAAUGAGAGAAGGGAAAGAACAAUGAUGGCAAAUAAUAAAGAGGAGAAAGAGAAAGAAGGGCAAAUAACAAAGGGGAGGAAAAAAGGAGGAAGACCAAAAACAAGAGAGAAAAAACUAGGCAGGGUAAACAUGAGGAGGAUGAAAAACUAGCAGGGCAUAUAAUAAGGACAGGAAAUGGAAAGGAGAGGAAAAAGGGAGGAUAGAAACAGCAAGGAGGGGGGAAACAAGAGAAAAGGAGGGAAAAAAGAAGGAAAGGAAAAAACUAGGAAGGGAAGUAAACAGGACAGCAAACAUGGAGCGCAAGUAACAGGAGGGAAAAAAUAAGGGAAGUGGCAGAAACAAAGAAAAGGGAGAAUAAAACCAGGAAUUAAAAAUAGAAAGGAAAAGGGGGAAUAAAGGGAACAAACAAACAAGGGAAAAGGGGAAAAAAAGAAAGAAAGGGAAGGAAAGGGAAGAAAAAAGGAAAGAAAAAAUGAAAGAGAGGGAGGAAGAAAAGGAGGAAAGGAAAGGAGAAGAGGAAAGGGGGAAAGGAAAACAAAAAAAAGAAAAAAGGCACUAGAAGAAAUAAAGAGGAAAAAAUGAAAGCAUAUAGGAAAGAAGAGGGAAGGAAGGAAAAGAAAGGUCAAAAAGGAAAGCAAAGAAAAAAGUGUAUCUGAAAUAAGGAAAGAGAAAAAAAAACAAGGAAAGAAAGAAAUCCAGGGAAAGAAAUAAAGGAACAAACAAGGCAAGGAAAGGGGAAAAAACAAGGGAAGAAUAAAGGAAAGAAAAAAAGGAAGGAAGGAAGGAAGGAAAGGGGGAUGUAGUAGUAAUGAAAGAAGAAAGGAACAAGAGAAAACAGAAGAGGAAAGAGAAAUGAAGGCAAGAAACAAGGCCAGCCAAGAAAAAAAA